AUGCAGGCCGGGCGAUGCCGCUGGGGAGGGCUGGGGGUCUGGGCUUGGCUUUGGGGGGCAGCCGCCGCAGCCACCCUUCAAGAGGAGCCCGUCCACCUCUUCUCCCAGGUCUUCUAUUGCCAGAUAGACUCUCCGUUUUUUGGCUUGGCCCAGUCUCUGGACGACGACCAGCUCUUCUGGUUCGACUUCCCCAACUCCAGCUGGCACGCCCGCCUGCCCGACUUCCAUCCCGAGCUGCCCGGCCGGGUGCCCCUGGCCAACGUCAGCGCCCAGCGCGAGCUCUGCGGGGAGCUCCUCUCACUCCUCUCCAACUUCUCUGACCAACACGCACCGAUGCCCGAAGCCAAAGGUAUCCCGCAGAUCUCCAUCUUCACCCGCUACCCCCUCGAGCUGGGAAAGCCCAACACCCUCAUCUGCUCCGUCACCAACCUCUUCCCGCCCUCGGCAGACGUCUCCUGGGAGUGGAACGGGCAGCCAGUGACGCAGGGGGUGUCCACCACUCAGGUCUACCCCGUGAACUGGCUGGGCUUUGAGCGCUUCUCCUACUUGGAGGCGACCCCCCAGGAGGGAGACGUCUACAGCUGCAUCGUCAAGACCCCGGGAGACCAGUACAGCGGCCUGGCCUACUGGGUCCCCAAAGAUCCUGUCCCCUCGGACUUCCUGGAGACGGUUGCGGGAGGUGUGGCCAUCGCAGUGGGGAUUUUGUUGGUCAUCUUGGGAAUCGUCCUAAUUGUCAAGUCCCGCAGGCCCAGGAGCGCAGUGAACUGCCAAGCUGUUCAGCUGAAGACAGGCGGCCCGGCCGUGGGGCACCUGGUUCUCCUGACCCUCAGCUGCGCAGAGCUUCACCCGGCCGACCCGUUUCCAUCCGGUGCCCUGUGGGACUCCAGGCCCAGCCUGCAACGGGAUUGGCGUGCCAGCUAG